AUGCACGUCAUCGUUAGCGGCGCAGGGAUUGCCGGACCAAGCCUGGCCUGGUUCCUCUCACGAGCCGGAGCACAAGUGACCGUGGUGGAAAAGGCACCCUCCAUGCUCCUCCAAGGCCAGAACAUCGACGUGCACGGCACAGCGCUCAACGUAAUCAACAAGAUGGGCUUGCUCUCCGAACUGCGUAGCCGCAACACGACGGAAAAAGGGACGUGUUUCGUCGAUGCGAAAGGCAAGGUCAUCGCCUCUUUGCCUGUAGCAGGAUCCGCAGGCAGCCCAACGUCGGAGUUUGAGAUCUGUCGCGGUGAUCUCGCCGAGAUCCUGUACAACGCUGCCAAGACCCAACCCAACGUCGAGUUCAAGUUUGGGACUACCAUCAAGAAGGUGCUGGAGAACAGUGCGGACAAGGUUCGCGUCGAGCUGAGUUCUGGCGCGCAGGAGGAGUGCGACGUGCUGGUAGCCGCGGACGGACAGUGGUCGAGACUGCGCAAGGAAGUGUUUGGAGAAGCCGCUGUGACUGUGGUAGACAAGAAUUGCUUCUGCAUCUACGCCACCGUUCCUCGCGAGGAGGACGACGAUGACUUCUGGACCAUCUACCAAGCGCUCAACUCGCGCGCCGUCGGCACUCGACCGGAUAACCACGGAACCACACGAGUCAAUGUCACCGUCAUGCCACUCUCCCCGGAGAAGAAGAAGGAAUGGUACGCUGCAGCUCGGUCCCAUGACAAGCAGCUGCAGAUGGAUCUGCUGCGGAAGGAGCUGGGUGAUCUCGGGUGGAAGACGCCACGACUGCUGAGGCAGAUGGACACGGCGGAGGACUUCUACUUCCAGGCCAUCCAGCAAAUCCGCAUGAAGCAGUGGCACAGUAACAGAGUCAUUUGUCUCGGCGACACAGCAUUCGCCCCCACACCCUUCACGGGCAUGGGCACAUCGCUCGCCAUCAACGGCGCCUACCUCCUCGCAGGACACCUCUCGCAGCUCCAACCCGGCACACACCCCUCCACCGCCUUCGAAGCGUACGAGUCCCAGUUCCGCCCCUUUGUCACCGAGAUCCAGAACGUGCCCUGGUUCGUCCCCGGCAUCGCGCAUCCACAGUAUGCUUGGUCGAGGUGGAUCUUCCGCCGAUUCAUCGCAACCGUGGCGUACGUCGCCAAGAUCCCGUGGGUGGUGCGCAAGUUCGGCGUGAUCGGGAAAACGUUUGACAACGGAUUGGUCGACGACCUGGAUGCACCCUUCCCUACAUUUGCCGCUUUUGAAUCGGAUAAAGCUGUCGAGGCGUGA